AUGGCCGAGGGGCCGGAGGAAGUCCGUGGCCGUCCUCCGGGGCAAGACGACGGCAGGGGGGACCACGAGCCCGGCCCUUCUUUGAAAAGCCCUCCUUCCGUCGACGCCGCCGCCCCUCCACACCCCCGUGCCGGGCCGCAGACCGAACCCCAGGCCCCCGGCAAGCCGCCAACCCCGGAGCUCGCGCCGGCUGCGUCCGCUGUCGAGGAAUCGGGGGCGCCCCGCGAGCUCGGGGAGCGCGAGGAGGCCGACUCCGGGUCCGAUGCGGGGCUAGAGGAGCCGGCCGGCCGCGAUGCGCCCGGGGCCGCGACUCCGCUGGAGAAGCCCGCGCGGCUGAGCGCCCGCGAGUACUCCCGGCAGGUGCACGAGUGGCUGUGGCAGUCCUACUGCGGCUACCUCACCUGGCACAACGGCCUGGCCGCCUUCCCCGCCUACUGCUGCCCCCAGGUCCCCGCGCCCACCCUCCCGGCGGCCGGCGCCGCCCCCCAGGCCGCGGCGCCAGCGCCCCAACUGGCCUAUUACAAUCCUUUUUAUUUUUUGAGCGCCGCUACCGCCGGCCCGGAGUCAGGGACCGCCGCGGGGGUCGCCGCUCCCGCUCCAGUCUCUGGCCUGGGACCCCGAGCCCCUCAGGCGCAGGGGUCCGGCCGGAGCGCCCCGGGCACGAGGGCUGGGCCUGCUGCCGCUUCACGAACCCCCAGCGAGCCUGGGCGGCAGGCAGGGAGAGAAUAUGUUAUUCCAUCCUUGGCCCACAGAUUUAUGGCAGAGAUGGUGGAUUUCUUUAUUCUCUUUUUCAUAAAAGCAACCAUUGUCUUAAGUAUUAUGCAUCUCAGUGGAAUCAAGGAUAUCUCUAAGUUUGCUAUGCAUUACAUAAUAGAAGAAAUAGAUGAAGACACAUCAAUGGAAGACUUGCAGAAAAUGAUGGUUGUGGCUCUUAUAUACAGAUUAUUAGUUUGUUUCUAUGAGAUCAUUUGCAUUUGGGGAGCAGGUGGAGCCACUCCAGGGAAGUUCCUACUAGGACUUCGAGUUGUGACAUGCGACACGUCAGUGCUUAUCGCACCAAGUCGAGUUUUAGUGAUUCCUUCUUCAAAUGUUAGCAUUACAACGUCUACUGUAAGAGCUUUGAUCAAGAAUUUUUCCAUUGCUUCUUUUUUCCCUGCUUUCAUCACGCUGCUGUUUUUUCAGCAUAAUCGAACAGCCUAUGACAUUGUAGCAGGAACCAUUGUGGUAAAAAGAAACGGGGUCAGAUGA